GCGACAAUGUCAGACACACAGCAAAGCAGAAAGCAGCAAAGCUUCACAGAUAGACCCAUUAUUCUGAGACCAACAACAGACCAAAACACGAACAAGCCAAGUAGAGAAUCAAAUCGGAUCCCCCCAUUAUGAAGACAUGCCCAACUCCCCAUCUCAUUCUCUCAUUCCUGUUCAUAUGCACUUUUUUCUUCUCCCUGACCCACGCCGCCGGCGGCAAAUGGCAGCUGCUUGUGAAAAGCGUCGGCAUUUCCGCCAUGCACAUGCAGCUCCUCCACAACGACCGUGUCGUCAUGUUCGACCGCACCGACUUCGGAAAAUCCAACCUCCCCCUCCCCAACGGAGUCUGCCGCAACAACCCCCACGACACGGCGCUUAAAGUCGACUGCACGGCCCACUCCGCCGAGUACGACGUGGCGUCCAACAAAGUCCGUCCUCUGUUUGUGUACUCCGACGUGUGGUGCUCCUCGGGGUCAGUAAACCCCAGCGGAAGUCUAGUCCAGACUGGAGGUUUCAACGACGGAGACAGAAGAGUGAGGGUCUUUGACCCGUGUCCUACUUGUGACUGGAAAGAGAUUGAGUUCGGGUUAGUCAACCGGAGAUGGUACGCCACCAAUCAUAUUCUUCCAGAUGGAGGCCAGAUAAUCAUCGGCGGACGGCGGCAGUUCAACUACGAGUUUUACCCCAAAAGUGGAGGCUCAAUGAACGCGCACAGUUUACCUUUUCUUGUUGAGACAAGUGACGGCGACGCCAUAGAGAACAAUCUCUACCCUUUUGUCUUUCUCAACCUUGACGGCAAUCUUUUUAUCUUUGCCAACAAUAGAGCUAUAUUGUACGACUAUGUUGCUGGUAAAAUAGUGAAGACGUACCCCACAAUACCCGGUGGAGACCCGAGGUCGUAUCCGAGCACUGGUUCAGCGGUGUUGCUACCUCUCAAGACUUCUAAAGGUCAGGCUGUGGCAGCUGAGGUUCUGGUUUGCGGUGGAGCUCCCAAAGGCUCUUAUGUUAAGGCCGAAAGUGGGACUUUCGUGCCAGCAUUGAAGACAUGCGCUCGGAUCAUGAUAACCGACCCGAACCCGCAGUGGGUUGUGGAAAACAUGCCUGUAGCCAGAGUCAUGGGUGACAUGACGUUACUAGCCAACGGUGACGUUUUAAUUAUCAACGGUGCGGGAUCAGGUACCGCGGGGUGGCAGCUCGGGCGGAACCCGAUACUGAACCCGGUUGUUUACAAGCCCGAUAAUGCGGUCGGGUCACGGUUCGAGAAACAAAACCCGAGCACCAUACCACGCAUGUACCACUCCACUGCAAUACUGCUACGUGAUGGAAGGGUACUUGUUGGAGGUAGUAACCCUCAUAUUCGUUACGAGUUCUCAAACGUGCUUUUCCCAACCGAACUUGCUCUAGAAGCAUUCUCCCCUAAUUACUUGGACUCGCAAUUUGCAAGUAUACGUCCGAGCAUCUAUUCGCCUCAGUCACAAGUUACGGUUGGUUAUGGACAGAAGCUAGCCGUUCGAUUUUCGAUAACGGGGAGAAUACAACUGAACUCAGUGUCUGUUUCGAUGGUGUCACCUUCAUUUACUACGCAUUCGUUCUCGAUGAACCAGAGGCUAGUGGUUCUUGCUUCCGAGAAUGUUAGAGCAGUGGGGAACUUGAUGUUUGAAGUUCAGGUUACGACGCCGGCUUCCGGUAAUCUUGCACCGUCCGGAUAUUAUCUUGUAUAUGUGGUUCAUCAGCAGAUUCCAAGUGAGGGUAUUUGGGUCAAGAUUCAGUAAUUAAUAUAUUACUAGAAGUUUUUUUUUUUUUUUUUUGAUUGGAUAUAUUACUAGAAGUUAAGAGAUAUAGGUAGUUAGGUACAGUUGCUUUCUCAAUUCUUUGUCAUCGUAUACAUUAAUUAUUCUUACAGUAUUUACAAGUUGUGUUAACUGUAUCAAAGAUUUGUAUACAGUAUUCACGUAGUGAAUCAAAAUAAA